AUGACGGUCCCAUCCCCCGGACACGCCCUCUCCUUCCGCCCCGCCACUCCCGCCGACAUCCCCGCCCUCCUCCCGCUCAUCCGCUCCGCCUACCACGGCGCCUUCCCCAGCAGCUCCGCCGAGGCCGACAUCUUCGCCGCCAAGCGCGCGACCGAGGCCACCCUGCUCGCCAAGAUCGCGGCGCCCGAGGUCGUCGUCCUCCACGUCACGGACGCCGCCUCGACUUCCUCCUCCGCCGCGGCGACGGCCGAGGCGCUGCCGCCGUUGCCGCCGUUGUCGUGCUGCGAGAUCGCGCGCAGCGCCGGGGACGCCGGGCUCGCGCACUUUGGGCUCUUCGCCGUCGACCCGGCGAGGCAGGCCGGCGGCGUGGGCGGGGCCGUGCUGCGCUACGCCGAGGAGCUCGCGAAGCGGGCGUGGGGCACCCGGCGGAUGGAGAUGACGGUGCUCUGGAUGCGGACGGGGCUGGUCGCGUACUACGAGCGGAGGGGGUACCGGCGGACGGGGGAGAGGCGGGAGUUUCCCUACGCGGAGCUAUACGAGGGCGAGGCGUUGCGGGACGAUUUAUGGUUUGUGGUGUUGGAGAAGGAGCUGUGA